AUGAUUAGACACAAUCUAAGGAUUUCAAAGCAAUUAUACAGGUUCACAGAACUACGUAAUGUUGGAGUUGGUAUUAAUGGUUUAAAUUUUGUCAGAUUUUAUUCCGAUGACAAAUUUAAGUCAAUCGAAGAAUUUAAGAAACAAAAGAAAGACUAUCGAUUUGGACAUAAUUUCAGCAGUUUAGAUGAACUUGAUAAUCAGAAUCAAAAGCAUUUCACUUCAGAUAAGCAUUCUGAUUCAUCUAACUUACACGAGAAGAUUUCACAAUCAAGAUACAAUCAGUUAAAUGAGAAUGAUAUCAACUCAAUAAUUGAGAAUGAUCCAAGAUUAAUUAACUUGAAGCCAGGGUCAGCGGAAUACAAGUAUCAGCAAGAUUUGAUCCAUAGAGAAUUUCAACAACGAGGUAAGAAAGAACAAGCCCGUUAUGAAUUCAUUGAGAGAUUUAAGGGCAUCGGCUUAGGGAUAUUGGCACUCAUUGGAAUUGUAUCUAUCCAUCAAAUAGCUAUGAAUUAUGAAUACCUUAAAAAUAAAAUAACGCAUAAUUUCAAUUAUAAAUUUGACGAUUCUAAGAUCAAGAGUAUGGAUGAUCCUUCAAUAAAUAAUAAAACAAUUGACUAUUUAACUAACAAAUUGAUUCGUGAAUUGAGCAAUGAUAUAAUUGCGGAUCUAGAAAAGCUGAAUGAAGUCUCGGGGUUGUAUGUCUUUGGUUCUCAUAACAAACAGAAAUUGCCAUUUAGAUUCAAAUUCUUUGAUGGUAUGCUCAUAAAGGAUGUACAAAUCUUUCAAGACUAUUUGGCUGUAAUCAAUGAAAAAGGAGAAUUGUAUCAAUACUAUAAAGGUUUGAAAGAACCAGUAUUGACUAAGUUAGGAUCGAAGGUAACUAAAUGUCAAAUUUCUAAUGAUUUGGUAUACUUAUUGACGAAAAAUGGUGAAGUUAUUUAUACUCCAAGAAUGGAUAAGUCUGUUCCUAAAUUUGAUCACUUGAAAUCUAGGAGUCUUUUAGGAAUUUCGUCAACCAAACCUUUCAAUAAAAUUGAUUUCAGGAAUGACUCUAAGCAAAACCUAUUGCAUAGAAACGAAUCAAUCAAAGAUAUUUCAACAGGUCAAAAUCAUAUUUUGAUGCUUUCAAGCAAAGGAAGAUUAUUUAUAGCAAAUACAGCAUUGGACCCAAACAAUUUUAUGAACUAUGGUCAAUUUGGAAUACCCGCCUUAUCUCCAUUUGGUGAAAAUUCUGAUCAAAUUCCUAACAACCAGGCUUUUGAAUUGACUUUAUUAAAUAAUGAAGUUGUUUCCAAUAAGGAUGGCGCCAAAUCCAUUAGACCAAGAACUUUUGACAAUAUUGCUACAGGUAAAUAUCAUAAUAUAGUUGCUGAUACUGCUGGUAAUAUAUGGUCAUGGGGUAAAAACACCUUUGGUGAAUGUGGAUCUGAAAUUAGUUACAAGACUGAUUUCCAACCAGUUCCUAAGAAAAUAUUUACCAUUGCGGACUUUCUUUCGUUCACGAAGAACACUUUACCGAAUAAACUUGAUACCCAUAAUUGGAGUGUCGAGAAUGUGUAUGCUGCUGAUGAGACAUCAUACAUUAAAUUGAAAUACAGCGAUGAAAACAAUGACGCUGAAAACCAGAGCGUAUUGAUAAGUUUUGGUAAUGGUUUGAAGGGACAACUAGGCUCAAGUAGGUUUAUGCAUGUUUGUCCUCAGCCACAGGUUGUUAAAUCGCUCAACAACUUGAGUGAAUAUAAUGAAUUUUUAGGAAAGGUGGUUGACAUCGGAAUUAAAGAUGUUAGUAUUGGUAAUAACCAUGGUUUCAUUACUUUGGAUAAUACCGGUAACUACAAGGAUGUUCUUACUUUUGGGGAUAAUGAAUUUGGCCAAUUUGGAAAUGGUAAAGUUGCAAAAAGCAAUAAACCAGUUAGGCUUCCGAAAUUAAUCGAACCAGAAGAUUUCACUAAUGCUGAAUUAGAGAAAAAUGAUAAGAAAUCACAGAAGAAAUUAGUCAGAAAAAUUAAUGACAUCACGACCAAUAGGUUACAGUUAUUGGAUGGAGUAAAACUAGCUAAUGGAGCGUCAGUCGAGCAAGUUAUCUUUGCCGGCGAUGAUUCUUCCGUCAUUUUCUACAAACGUAAAUAA